GUCUUUAAACGUCUCAGUGAGUCUGCCAAAAUUCCGACAUUCCCUGAAAGCAGCAAACAUUAGCUCGCUAACCAGCGAGCUAGAUUAGCAUUGUGCUAACAACAGAAUGGGCUUGCAAUUGCUUUAAAGGACCUGUGACCUCUGUUUGGCUUCCAUGCUCUGAAAGCAUGUUGUUUAUCUAUCGCCGGUAUUAAAAAAAAUGGAUGUCAGUGAAUGUGUUUUAUCGGCAGGCAGGGCCGUGCUGGACAUGGUGGAGCGGGAGUGGCAGCCUCUGUCUGCGGGCGAGCUGGAGCACAGGCUGGACCAGGCGGUGGAAGAGAUCCUGGAGUCACAGCUCCUGGCAAAACUGGAAAAGCAGUCCCACCGUCCUCCUCCUCCUCCUACCACUACUAUUUACGUACAGUUACUACAGAAUCAGGUGGGGCCCCAAGUUUUACACACAGCAACAACAUCCAGUCCCUCCGAGCAGGAGGAAGAGAAAGAAGAGGAGGAGGCUGCAGAGUCCCAGGAGCGGGAUGAUACAGUGGAUAAUCCAGCGAUCAAGUACAUUUCAGACCUACUUCAAAGCUCCAAAUCCAGGACACGAAUGGCUGGACGGGCUCGCUUAUCAAUGUCCCACACGGUCCUCCUGUCUCUCACACUGCUGUCCGAGCGAGUCAGCUACCGCACUGUGUCCCGCCGCUUCCAGCUGGAGAAGGGAAACAUCCACAGGAUCUUCUUCUCUUUCUGCCAGCGCAUAAACAUGCUGGAGGAGAGGCACAUCAAAUGGCCAGCUGGGAAAGAGGCUGUAGAGGCACUUUUCCCAUUCUCCAAGCUAAUAGGAAAAAAGGAACUAGAAGGAGGACAAGGUGUUCCUCAGGUUCUGGGAGUGUUGGGACACACCCGGAUCCCUAUCCGCCUGCCUAUUGGGAAACAUGAUGUGGAGAGCACUGUACCUGAGGUGAAGAGAAUGAAGAUGGAGGCCCCUCCUGACUCUUGGUUAAACCUUGAGCUUGUGUGUGACAUUAGAGGUCGGUUCUUGCACUGCAGAAUCAGUAAAGGAUCUCAUGUGGACAGAGGUCGUGCUCUAAGAGACAAACUCAAACAGAACCCUGAGCUCAUGCCUUCCAGCUCCUGCCUUGUGGCCAGAGUUGGCUAUCCACUUACUGAUCAGAUUUUAACCCCGUACACAGGAAGUCACGGACCAAGAGAGGCGCUCUUCAACAAGACGCUGGAGGAGCAUUUUCAGAUCCUAGAUCAGGCCAUUGCCGAUCUGAGAGCCAGGUUUCGGAGGCUCACGUAUCUGGAUAUUGGAAACUAUGACCGAGCCAGAGCUGUUGUGCUGACUGCCUGUGUGUUGCAUAAUGUGUUUCUGGACCUAGGACAGGUGGUUCAAGGAGAGAAGGAGGAAGCCACACCCCAAGAUGAAGAGGGGGAGGUGGAUGACGAGGGUGUACGCAGACGUGACUCUAUUACAGAUUUGCUGUUUAAAAGCUUUAAUCAUGGAAACGCGUGAACAUUUCAAUUUGUUAAUAAACUUCUUCAGUUGUGCUUGUGA